AUGGACCUCACGCCUGUGAGCACCACCUUCCUAAGGGCCCGUCACGAAAAAGCAGGCGACGACCACGGACCGCUCCUAACUGAAGUUGUUACAACAACAAAAAAAUCCGCGCCCUUGAAACCAAGCAGUAUCCGAUCUACUGAAGAAGCUUUAGAUUCUCUCAAAGCUCAACCAGACUACGAUACCCUCAUUCUGACUCUGCAGUUUCUCGCUGGUGGCGCCCUCCGGGACGCGCUUGGGCCGCAGAGCGCUGCGAUUAUCAGAAUUCUUGUCACUGAAAUAGCUCCUAACUACUGGCCACUUUUUCUAUCCGAUGGCUCCAGUGACAUAGCUCUUUUCAUCCGUUGCCUUCAAAGCGUCACGGGCGUCAACGCCCUAAUAUCCCAUCUCCGAGGCUUGAUCCAGGAAUCAAAGAAUGGGAGCAGGCACUCCAAACGACCAGAUAUCCCGCUCAACCUGGACCUCUUUCUAGAUAUCCUAGCAGCUACCUUGGAGGGCGAUGAUACUAUCCAGAGACUGUGGGUGGCCUCAGUCUCUGGGCUGCCAACCCAAGCCCUUCAAAAAGCUCAGUCGCAAGCCCUCUUGUCUAUCUUGACGGGCGGCAGGCUCAAUUCGACCACGGGGGAGGCUUCCGCUAUUUCGGGCUCACGUGAGGCUCGCCAUGAAAGCCAGUGGGUAGCCGAUGGUUUCCAGGUGAGCAGGUGGCUAGGACGAAACAUAGCGUCAUGGGCACAAGAAACUACUCAAGAUGCAGAGCUUCGUUUCUGUUCCGACUUAUUCCUGAGGGCCCUCUCUGUCGGAUAUCCUGAUACUCUGAUCAAAUCUCUCAUCGAUUCAUUGAUACUUUCGCCACAAAGCAAACCAGAUUUGUUCGCUCGAAUAUGUCUAUCCUCCCCCAGCCAAGGAACGAAAGUUCUAAACACUGUCCUGGACUUCCUCUCGGACAAAUUCUUGGAUGGUGCGAACGGAGAUGAUGCUGUCGCAGCUGUCGCGGGAGCAAUCAACUCUAUCACACGAAACAACCAGCUUCGGAUCCAUGACUUAGUCAAAUGGUGCGUUGCAGCUUCGGGGGCUGGCCUUGGCCGCGGGAUUGGCAUUCGAAGGGCUGUAGUCGCCGUGCUUUCACAAGAUAAAGAAACUGUCACAACUGUUCUUGAGAAGUGUCUGUCACAGUUCGGAGACGAGCUAUACAUCAAGCAUGCACCUUUCUUGCAACAAAAAGAGGUCCUCCUCCUGAGCGCUGGCUAUGUAUACCGACUAUCCCCUAUCAAGAUGACGAUGAUUAUACGGUCCGGUGCAUACCUAAGUGCGAUUUCGAAUCGUAUUGCCGCAACGCAGGGGAAUACCCGUUUACUGGGCAUGAUCGUCGGCGAAUCCUUGUCCGGGCUCAUUGACAGUAAAGAGAAACGACUUGAUUUUCAUAUGGAGGAAAUUGACACAGACGAAACUGAGAGGCUAAAACGUUUGGUCCAUACUUCGGACCUUCCUAGAUCUAUUAAGUCUCUCUUAACACACAUAUCUGUCCACGAUAAUCCUUCACCCCGACAAUACGAUGCACCCCAAACAAAACCACGACAGGUCCGUGUACAGAAGCCCAACCUAGAACCCGAGGCCAAGCCUAAAGUCGUUGUUGAAGAAAUUGAUUCUUCUGACGACGAUGAAGAGGACGAAGGUCUGGCACCGUAUGCGAAGGGUUUUGAUCCUGAGGAUUCCGAUGACGACCCAACGCUAGUUCACCGCAACAAGAUACGACCUCCGGUUUAUAUACGAGACCUCAUGGCAUAUCUUCGAGACUCAGAAUCGUAUGAGAAGCAGAAGAUCGCACUUCAAACUGCACCGGUUCUCAUUCGACGCAAGGCUAAUUACGGAACAGAAGUCAGCUUCCAUGCUGAUGGCCUGGCCGGUCUUCUGGUCGGUGUCCAGGACAAGUUUGAAAUGGAUGACUUUGAUGAACUUAGACGUCAGAGCAUGAUCUCCCUGAUUGUUGCACAACCACAAGCUAUGGCCCCAUGGUUCGCCCGUACAUUUUUCGAGGGGGACUACUCCUUGUCUCAGCGCAUGUCUGUUCUCAUCGCGUUGGGUCUCGCGGCGAGAGAUCUUGCUGGGUUCGGAAAGUCCGAACACCAGGAUGCUGCCGCAUUUGCCUCCAAGAGACUCCCGGAGAAGCUGGAGAAAAUUUAUUUAGAUUCCCAAGGCCAAUCCACAGGCUUUCCAGCAUCCCAGCUCCAAGCACUUCCAGCUACGGCUCUGGAGUCCAUUACCAAGUCCCUCACCGCCUCCUUUUUGGAGCCCCUUGCUGCACAGGCUGCUGACGCGACUACGGGACCCGACGCCUUGAAGCUCGAGACCUUUAGCACACGGUACAAAUCGCGGUCAGCAAAGAAGCCGCGUGUCAGGGCAAUUCCCAACACUACAGCCGCCAUCAUCGCCAACUCCUUCUUCUCUCCCCUCACAGCCCAUUUCCAAUUCGCUCUCCGAUCCGCGCGGCCAGUAGUCCUUCACCCCACGCUCCUGAGCCUAUACCUCCAGACACUGGGUAUCAUGGUCCAUGCUGCGGGGCCAUCAACCCUCUCUCUGCCGCAGCUGACGGCCGAGCUCUGGAACCUGCUUCUCGGUGUGCGGCAGCAUGUCCUAGGUGAUGUGGGCGCCACAAAGGGCUGGCUUACUGCCAUGGCAGUCCUCAUCGAUGUGAACGAGGGCGAUAUGCGACGCCUCUGCGAAACGCAGGGGAGAGAGGUAGUCGAGACACGCGAAUGGGUUAGUGACGUGUUCGAGAGGACGAGGGGAGAUGACGGAGGGGAGGAGAACAAUGUCAAGAUGCUGGCUGCUGGCGUUCUCAUUAGGUUGGGCGAGGCGAUUGAGCAAUACCAAGCACUGCUCAUGGGAGACAUGAUUGGGUUCUAA